CGGCCCGGCCUGUGGUGGUAGCGGCGGCGGCCCGGGACUCCUCAGACAUUGCGACCAUGGAGAUCGGCACCGAGAUCAGCCGCAAGAUCCGGGGCGCUAUAAAGGGAAAAUUGCAGGAGCUGGGGGCUUAUGUCGAUGAAGAGCUCCCUGAUUAUAUUAUGGUAAUGGUGGCCAACAAGAAGAGUCAGGAGCAGAUGACAGAGGACCUUUCCCUUUUCCUAGGAAACAACACUGUCAGGUUUACUGUAUGGCUACAUGGUGUGUUAGAUAAACUUCGGUCUGUAACUACUGAACCUACUAGCCUAAAGUCUUCAGACUCUAACAUCUUUGAGAGCAACUUGCCUUCAAGCAAAAGCAGUUCAUGUGGGAGUGAUGAGAGACGGCGUGAGGAAAUCUUACCACCUCUUGCAGUCUCCAGCACUCGGGCUGAAAGAAAUGAUUCAAGAGUUUCAACCAGUUCACAAGAGCAGAGAGCCGCUGCUGCCCGGCAGUCUUAUGAAGAUGGAUCUGCAUCCCGCUUAAUGUCAACGGUCAAGCCUCUAAGAGAGUUGUUGCCUUCUGAAGCUGUGAUUGACAUUAAACCUGAACCAGAUGAUCUCAUUGAUGAAGACCUAAAUUUUGUGCAGGAGAAUCCAUUGUUGUCUCGGAAGAAAGCUGUUGUAACUGUAACUUAUGGAUCUUCCCGUCCUACUGCUGAAAUCUACAGACCACCAGCUAGCAGAAGCACGGACAGCCAUAUACACUUACAAAGAUUGCCUCAGCAAGGCAGUCUACAGGGUGGUAGGCAGUUGGACAUGGAAAGCUGCAGGUCUUUGGAAACAAUCCCACUAUGUGAUCCAGAAGCAUUUGGCAGCUUAGCAGAGAGUUACAGGCCCACCUUCAAACUGAGUGCUGAUAAAAUAAGCAGUGAGGAAGAAAGCUCCAGGAAGAGAAAAUUGCCAGUUAUAAGCUCAGUGGUCAAAGUGAAAAAGUUCAGUAAUGAUGGGGAGGAGGAGGAGGAGGAGGAAGACUAUGGGUUACGAAUAGGAAGUAUCUCCAGCAGUGUGUCUGUACCAGCAAAGCCUGAAAGAAGACCUUCACUACCACCCUCCAAACAGGCCAAUAAGAAUUUAAUACUGAAAGCUAUAUCUGAAGCUCAGGAAUCGGUUACAAAGACAACCAACUAUUCCACAGUUCCACAGAAGCAGACAGUUCCAGUUGCACCCAGAACAAGAAUUGCCCAGGAUGAAACUCUAUUAGAAGUGAUCCAUGUACAGAGCCGACCUUCCAGAGUGAACGCCCAGAUUGAGGCAGAAGAACCCAAGGAACAGACAUUAGAAAGAAUUCAAGGAACUCAACAAAUGCAGCUCUUUUCCCGACUCCAGACUGAACCGUUAAUUGAAGAAACUUUGCAAAUGACUCAAGAUUAUUAUGACGUGGAGUCUGUGGUCCACACUGAUACUAGAUCAUUUAUUCUGAAAAAGCCAAAGCUAUCUGAGGAAAUAGUAGUGCCACAGAACCAGGAAUUGGGAAAGAAGGCUGCAGAGGCAAUGCGGGCACUUUCAGGACGUCUUAUACAGACAAGAGAGCAGCUUGCACAACCAGAAAAGCCUGCUAGCCCCAAGUUCAUUGUGACACUGGAUGGUGUCCCCAGCCCACCAGGGUACAUAUCUGAUCAAGAAGAGGAGGAAAGCUGUAUAACUGAAGGAGUGAAGCCAGUUACCCAAAAUGCAGCUGCAAACAAGGGAUUAAAAAGCUUUCAAGCACAGCAGAUGCAGGUUAUAAGCAGGCAGCUGGAGAGCCCUUAUGUGGAGAUGGAGGAAUUGACUGUGCUGCAGAAACAAGAGAAAGUGCUUGAGCGUUGCAAGUACUGGCCUGCCUGUAAAAAUGGAGAUGAAUGUGCAUACCACCACCCCACAUUACCAUGCAAAGUCUUUCCCAGUUGCAAAUUUGCUGAUAAAUGCCUGUUUAUCCACCCCAACUGUAAAUACGAUGCAAAGUGUACUAAGCCAGACUGCCCUUACACUCACGCCAGCCGACGAAUCCCAUUGCCGCCUCCCAAACCAGCACCACUACAAGCACCACCAGCAACCUCCAACAGUCAGCUCUGCAGAUUUUUCCCUGCUUGUAAGAAAAUGGAAUGUCCAUUUUAUCAUCCAAAACACUGUAGAUUUAACACCCAGUGUACCAGACCAGACUGCCCAUUCUACCAUCCCACUAUUGCUGUACCUCCACGUCAUGCCUUGAAAUGGACUCGAACUCAAACCAGUGAAUAAUUAUCAUACAAUUUGUGGAUGAAAGUUGCUGCCUUUGGAUGCUGAUGGAGAGGAAAUCCUGAUACUACAAAACUUUUCAUCGCACCUUUGGAAGUUUGAAUAUAUAUAGUUUUCAUAAAAUGAAAUUGAUUGCAUACUUGAAAUGUCUCUAAUUUUCCAAAUUUGUAAGUUUAAUAGCUGUUUUUUUUUUUUUUUUAUUUUUAUUUUUUUUUACUCUGAAGAGAACAUCUGUGUAGGGAAAAAUUUUUACUUUAAAUUCCAUUAAAAAUUUCAAGACCUGGUUUGUAUUUUACUGUUCGGUUUAGUCUGUUCUUUCUUUGCGUAAAGACUAUUGAGUAGAGCCACUCAAAGAUUUUUUUUUUAACUAGAAUAGAUUUCUUUUAUAAGGGUUGUUCCACCAGUGCAA